AUGCAAAUUGAGAUCAACGAGCCAAAAGAAGGGGAUUACUUGUCUGUGAAGCAAGAUGGGGAAGACUGGCCCAUCCUAAUCUGUGACGAAGAGAUGGUGCAGACUUUCUUCACCCGUUCGCCACGGCCGGGGAAUGCACGACAGGCAGACGGGACUUGGGGGAAAGAGUACAAGGCAGGUGGCCCUUCGAUCAGUGAUAGACGCUUCCCAGCUAUCUUCCUGGGGACGUUGAAAUUUAUCUGGGUGCCCUUGAAAGGUCUCGAGCCAAUCGAUAUUGACAUGGGCCGAGCCAUUCGAGACUCUACUUCAAACCCUUUGCUUGCGAAAGCUUGGAUGGAGUACAUUAGCCAGUAUAGAGGGGACAAGAUUGUCGAAUGGAAAUGCAUUGAUCACUGGAAAGCAAGACUCCACGCGCAGCGUCUGGACAAAACUACACCUGGCGGAGUCAAGAAAGAGGGGUUGACUGCUGGGAAGACGCCCGAAGGUCGCAAGCGCAAAGGCACGCCCAAGUUCAGAUAUCCUCCCGGGUACCGCAACGAGGAAUCAGAUGAUGAAGAAUCAGAUGACCUCUUCCUCAAAGGUAACACCGCUGGACCAAAGAUCAAGCGAGAAUCCAACAAUUCGAUCUCUUCUGAGGAAAUGGAUGCUUUGUAUGGUGAUCCAGACCCGCUGUACCCGAGAUCCUCUCAGUCAAGCAAGAGAAGCAAGCUCGAUCUCUCUGGACGUUUCUCGAUGAGGCCUUCGACACCACUGAGAGCCAGCAGUGGCAGGCUUGCGACCCGAAUGCCUUCUCCUGCACGUCAUGGAACACCUUUUCGAUCGACCAACCAAAAGAUUGGGAUCAACGAUCUAAACACGGUCAUGAUAUACGUUGACAACCCACACAAGAUGUUCAAAGUCAGACGCAGCGGCUUGGAUGCGAGCCCGCUUCUGUUGAACUUUCUCACGCAUCAUCCCGAAAAUGGCUGGUAUAUCAUGUCGCCCAUGCUGUCCUCCCUUGACGCGAACGACUUCCAGCCAAUUGGCGAAUACAUUGAUCGUCGCGAGUAUCAGCCCAAUAUUUUGGAUGAAGGUACCAUACACGUCCGCCUUGAAGGUUACCUGGACCCUGAGAUGCUUCGUCACGAGAUAGUGCGCUGCGGUACGAUUUACCUGGUGGCCCAAAAACUCGAGAUGCCGGGCCUUCAGCAUCUCGCCUUCCGCAAACUCAAGGCCCUAGCGUCUCACUACCAGGCCUUGGAGAUCUUGACCGUGAUCGAGUUGCUGUUUCAGAUUGGCAGUCCGGAGGUUCGUCAAUACCUGACGCAGCAUGUCGCGGACCACUAUUGGAACCUCAUCCUCGCGGAGACCGAGAGGAUGGUUGAGACUAUGCGCGCGAAUGUGGACUUGGCGAAGGCGGUCUUUGGUAAGUUGAGCGGCCAGGAUGACAAGGUCAAGAUGGAGGAGAUUGUGAAAGAGGAGGGGAAAGAAGAGGCGGCCGAUGAGACCAAGGGAGGGGGCACCAGGGGGAAAAUAGAGGAUCUGAGCGAGGAAGGAGAGGUUGACGGGAUGAACAACAAAGCAAAAGUUGAUGGUGCCGAUGAAGAGGGUAGUAUGGUUGAAGAGAAGAAGGAGGAGGCAGGCAACCAGACCAACAAGAAGAAGAAGACUGAUGAGCCAAUCAAUCAAACAGAGGAGGAGAUGGUCAAAAAGGCACUUCGUCAGUCUGACGAGGGGCAGACCGAGGUAGACUGGGUGGAGCUGGUGCAGAAACAGUCGGACCUUUAUGAAGCUUUUUGA